CCCACGGGUCAUGUGGUCCCCAGGGGUCCUGGGAGCCUUUGAAGACGGGUGAGAAAGGCUCCAUUCUUCCCGGACCUCAGCCCCACCCCUGGCCCCAGGGAGGCAGGAGGUGGGGCAGAGCCUGCGACACCCACCAAGCUGGGCAAGGAGGGCCCUGCGGAGAUGUGCAGACCCAAGAGAGGCAGUGCCUCCAAAGCGGGGACUUUCUGAGCAGGGCUGAGGCCACCAGCUUGGUUCGCUCCUGGUGGAGCCUGUCGGUGCAGGUGAUGCCUUUGCCAGGGAGAGGGUGAGUGGGGGUCCUCAGCCCUCCUGCUGGCUGAGCUGGGCCAUGCCUGGGCAGGGGCCCCAGAGGAGGCUGCUGGGCUCCCUUGAUACCAUGACCCCCGCUGCCCCCCGCCCGGGGCUGGCCACCAACCAGACGGGCCCCGGGUGCCUGGAGGUGGCUGUCCCCGAUGGGCUGUUCCUUGCCCUGGGGCUGGUGAGCUUGGUGGAGAACGUGCUAGUGGUGGCUGCCAUUGCCAAGAACCGCAAUCUGCACUCGCCCAUGUACUACUUCAUCUGCUGCCUGGCCGCGUCUGACCUGCUGGUGAGCAUGAGCAAUCUGCUGGGGAUGGCCAUCACACUGCUGCUGGAGGCGGGUGCGCUGGCUGCACAGGCCACGGCAGUGCAGCAGCUGGACAAUGUCAUCGACGUGCUCGUCUGUGGCUCCAUGGUGUCCAGCCUCUGCUCCCUGGGCGCCAUUGCUGUGGACCGCUACAUCACCAUCUUCCAUGCGCUGCGCUACCACAGCAUCGUGACGCUGGCCCGGGCGCGGCGUGCCGUUGCUGCCAUCUGGCUGGCCAGCGUCCUCUGCAGCGUGCUCUUCAUCAACUACCAGGGCCAGCCGGCUGCGCUGCUCGGCCUCAUCGGCUUCUUCCUGGUGCUGCUGGCUCUCAUGGCCGGCCUGUACCUCCACAUGCUCACCCGCGCCUGCCAGCACGCCCGCCGCAUCGCCCAGCUGCACACACGGCAGCCGCUGCAGCGCCAGGGCCUCGGCCUCAAGGGCGCCGCCACCGUCUCCAUCCUGCUGGGCGUCUUCCUCCUCUGCUGGGGCCCCUUCUUCCUGCACCUGGUCCUCACCGUCCUCUGCCCCCAGCACCCCACCUGCAGCUGCAUCUUCAAGAACGUCAAUGUCUUCCUCGCCCUUAUCAUCUGCAACUCCAUCGUCGACCCCCUCAUCUAUGCCUUCCGCAGCCAGGAGCUCCGCAAGACCUUCAGGGACAUGCUGCUGUGCGCCUGGUGAGCACCCGGGACGCGGGGCUGGGUGCCGCCCAUGCCUCCUUCCCCUCCCUGGCCCCGUCUGUCCCGAGGGCAGGCUGGGUGAGCUGUGGGGGUCUCAAGCUGAGUCCCCAGGACAGGGAGGACUCAGCACGCAUUUCAAAGGUGGCCUGAGGAAGGCAGGGGCUGGAGAGAGGGUGGGGCCUUUGGGCUCCGGGCACAGGGCCAGCCCUGGGCUACUGUGGAGACCAUGACUUCCAACCCCACACCAUCUCUGCGACUGACUCCUGAGCCCAGGGUCUGGGUCCAAGCGUGGCAAGAAGCCCUGGAGGACAGCGGCUCCGGAGGGGCUUGGUCACCUGCAGAGCUGCCUCAUGGAGCUACCUGUCUCAGGUGGAGGGGCCACGGGGUGACCAGCGAGCCAGGCAACUUGCUCCGUUUGUCCACACCACCUCCACCUCCGGUAAACACCUGCUGGGGCACCAUGGAGGCCAUCAUCCUCAAUCAGGGAUGGUUACUG